ACUCGCUUUCAAAGUACAACACCCAUUUCAACCUUCUAUAAUCAUUAAUCUUCCACCAUGAACCCCAUUGCGUGCAAACUUGUAAAUGCCUAAAAUGUGAAGCAAGUUGAAGGGGCGGAGGUAUUGAAAGAAAACUUUGGCAAGAGGUGUGUUUACGUAGGUGGAACGUAGCUACAAAACCUUGCCGACUCCCGUUAGCGCCUCUGGUGUGCCGGCUCACAAGAUGUUGGCUGCAGUGCUGCUCCCCUUCUUGUGCUGCCUAAGCUCUGCUGCUGCAGGGAAACUGCUGGUUAUACCAAUGGAGGGCAGUCACUGGCUCAGCAUGAAGGCAGUGCUGGCUGAGCUGAGCAAGAGGGGGCACGAAAUAAUUGUCUUUGCGCCAGAAAGCAGAAUACUCAUAGAUUCUUCUGAGAUGUACGUGAUGAAAACGUAUCCUGUGCCUUUCAAAAAGGAAGAGUUUGAAGAACAUAUGCGCUCAUUUACUGCGGACACUUUUAGCGAAGAGCCUUUUCUGUCCAGAUUUUUGAAAGCUUGGGGGAAUCUUAGAAAGAGCUCUGCCAUGUUUAAAGCCAUCUGUGAAUCCUUACUGUACAACAAAGAGCUGAUGAAAUAUAUAGAAGAAAGUAAGUUUGAUGCCGUCUUAACAGAUCCCUUCACACCCUGUGGACAGAUAAUUGCUUUGCACUUUUCUAUCCCUACUGCUUUCUUCUUGCGGGGUGUCCCUUGUGCUAUAGACGUUCAUGCUGCUCAGAGUCCAGACCCGCCAUCCUAUGUACCACGAAUGUUCUCAACCCACACAGACCAUAUGACAUUUCCUCAGAGAGUGAAGAACUUACUGAUGAGCAUUUCAGAGUCUUUCCUUUGCAGUGAUGUCUUUUCGCCGUUUGAAAGCCUGGCUUCAGACUUUCUCCAAAAGCCAAUGACAGUUACGCAGCUUUUAAGUCAUGGAUCCGUUUGGCUGAAGAGAAUUGAUUUUGUCUUUGACUAUCCCAUGCCUGUGAUGCCCAAUAUGAUUUUCAUUGGAGGCAUAAACUGUGGACAGAAGAAACCAUUAUCUCAGGUCAGUGACUGUAUGGGAAAGGUGUAACAAAGGAAAAACUCAGGCGGUCAAAUGCCUGCAUGAUCUGGAUGACAUGUAAUAGCAUAUUUGAUGUGGGCAUUAUUUACCUGGAGAAUCUCUUUUUAUUAAUUGCUGCUGUGAUAGUCUUAUUCAAAUAUCAAUUCAUUAGAAAAAAAAAAGUACUCAACUUGGCAGCAGAUUAAACUAAUUUGGCAUAAGGCACUCAUAAUAUAUUUAUGGACCACUACACAGAAAGUUCGAUGAGAGUAGCCACUUCACAUUACAUUCACCCCAUGCCUUAUAAAUUAAAUUAACAAGCCCUCCUAGCAAAAGGUAGACUCAUAUCCACAUGAAGAACAGAGUGGUAUUGUUGUCCGAAAAGCGGAUUCGUUGCCCGGUGUGCAAUGAGCCAAUAAUUACACACUCAGGAGAGACAUUUAUUUAUUUAUUUCAGAGUUGCGCAAGCCUGGGUGCUCGGUGGUU